CCUGAGUGUUUCAGCUCAUGAUGCUGUGGGGGUCAUGAUGUCCAGCAGGAUGGGGUUUCUACACCUCACGGCGAACCAGAUGGCUUUCAAGAUGUUUGUUCUCUGAGAAGUUUUUCACAUCGUGCUUGUUACAAGUAACCUGCUCCGUAAACAGUGGAGAAACAGAAGAGCUGCUUCAAAGAAGAAGAAAGAAGAGCAUCAUGGCUGACAGGAAGUCGCAGAUUGUGGUAGAGGGAGAGGCGUCCGAGUCAGACUCUGAUGACGAGGUCUACGUGUCGUCUGGUCUCACAGUUCCAGGCGAAGCCUCAGAGACAGAAAGCGAGGACGAGGAAGAAAAACCCGCCAUCUUCCACCAUCACUUACCGCCUCUCACUGUCGAUCGUCAUGACAACGUGUCCGUUACUCAGCAGAGCCCGACCAUGCCCACACACAGCGGCCAUGUGACCUCACUGCUGCAGCAGAAACUGCAGGAGAGUAACGCGCGUCUGUGUGCUGAUGUGAGCCAGAGCGUGAGACAGGUUUAUCACGGAGCCGCGAGGGACAUCAAAGCAGCCACGGCACACCUGAGUCACUCGCAGGGCGUCAUCAUCUCCGCCUCUCACGCCGUCCGCGUCGCCGUGGACGACCUCCGAGCCGUGUGUGAAAAGUUCGACAUCAUCACCAGCUGUCGGUUGCUGCCUGACAUUGCCAUGACAACGGUGUCAUCUCCCACAGCGCCCUUCUCUGCUCCUCUUUAAAUUCAAAUAGACUGUGAUGUGGAGAGUGUUCCGGGGUUAGCUCACUAUUUCUGUUAGAAAACCAGCAGCUGUGAGGUUGUGAGUUCAUAUCCCAGGACUGACAGGGAGCCAGUGGCCAUGAGGUUUUUGGUUUGAAUCCCAGUACUGAUGUAGAGCCGACCAGCAUGAAGCUUCCCAAGAUUGGCAGAGAGCAGUCAGCCAGAAGGUUAUAGGUUUAAACCCCACGAUUGACCGAAAACCAGCAACUGUGAAAUCCCAACACUGCUUAAGAGAUAAAGACCUGGCAACCAUUACAUGAUGAGUUCAAAUCCUAACACUGAUAGACAGCUGAUGAGUCUGAGGGUGAGGUUUUGAAUCCCAGAACUGAUCAAGACCCAGUGCCCAUAAGGUUAUGAGUUUGGAUUGGUCAGCCAGAUGUUUGUGGGUUUGAACCUCGGCAUGGACAGAGGGUCGGCUCUCAUGGUGUUGUGGAUUUCAUGUAUUUCCAGUACUGUAAGAGAGGGUCAGCAUCCAGAAGGUUGUGGUUUUAAAACCUCAGCACUGAUAUAACAGUGUGUCAGAUGGGUAUCUUGGCUUUCUGGCCAUCCUGGGAUUCAAACUCACAACAUUCUGGUGACUAGCACAGAUGAGUGUGUAUCAAUUUUUGAGUUGUUUAUGGAAAUAAAAUUCUUUUUCUUUCCUUUAUCCUGUAA